UUUAACAAAACACGCCACAGUUGAUUUGGAUACCUCAUGUAAUAAUAAUAUUAAUAAUAAAAAUUCACCAAUAAAAGAAGACGCAAUACAUCAUCAUCAUACUGACAAAAGUAAUCAUACUGAUGACGACGAGGGUGUUAACACUUCUUCUCCGUCUUCGUCUUCAGCCAAUAAUGAAGAAGAGGAGAACAGGGAGGCGGAGGAGGAAGAGGACACUUCUCCAUCAGUACUUCCUGUAGCUGAUGAAUUGAGCAGGUCUACUCAACUCAAUGAUGAGAUGCAAGCAAAUAACAGUAUUGCUGAGACUACGGAUACCACCGAAACAACAACAACUGAUAAUAAUAAUAAUGACAGCAAUACAACACCAGCUAUAACCGAUCUCUUCUCCUUAUUUUUCGUUGAAGUCAGUCAAUUAAUUCAUACACGUAUAGUCCCAUGUGAAUUUGCCGAUGACAAUAUGCAAAUGUUGUUGAAAAAUUGGCGUAUAUGUUAA